AUGAUAAAUUUACAAAAAUCCUUUGUUCGUUUUAGCCCUAAUGUUCCAGAGGAUUAUCGAGAUUUUUUAGCCAAUUCCUUACAGCUAAAAAGUCUUCCUUCACUUGGUACCUAUUUGGGGCUUCCGGUGGAUAUGGGUAGAAGUAAAUGCACAGCUUUUAAACCUCUUGUGGACAAGAUUACUUCUCGGUUAACGAGUUUUUCUUCCUUAAAUCUCUCACCUGCGGCCAAAUUAGUUGUGAUCAACUCGGUGUUGAUUGCUUCUCUUAACCAUAUCUUAUCUCUUUUUAAGAUCCCUUCUUCGAUCUCGGACAAAAUUAACAAUCUAUUGGUCAGAUUUUGGUGGAAAACAGGGAAUCACUCCAAGGGUUUGGCUUUAACUCCUCCUUCUGUCUUGUUUACUCCAAAGGGUUUGGGUGGUCUGGGUAUUCGGCAUUUGAAUCCGCAACUCCUGGUUUCUCGGGUUUUUCAGGCCAAGUACCCUUCCCUUCUGUGUUUCCGGUCACAAGGUCGUCUUUCUUAUCCGUCCUGGGGUUGUCGAAGUGUUCUUCAUGGAAUACAGACCUUAAAGAUUGGUCUUGCUUGGAAAAUUGGCAAUGGUUCUAAGCCGACUCUGGUGUCUUCUCUUUUGGAUCCUAUUUCAAAUGCUUGGUAUCCUACUUUAAUUCAUGCUUUGUUUCCGUCAACCAUUGCCUCCAAGAUUCUGAGUCUCGAGCGUCCUCCUCAGCUGAUGGAUGAUUAUGUUUAUUGGAAAUACUCGAGAGACGACAAAUUUUCCUCUAAAUCGGCUUAUGCAAAGCUGGUCGCUUUGUCGGAUCAGCUUCUUGAAGGUUCUUCUCCAAUUCAUCCUAUUACUUGGAGUAAAUUUUGGGCUCUUCCUAUUUUACCCAAAUGGAAGCUUUUUAUUUGGAAAAUUUUUCACAAUGCUCUUCCUGUAGCGGAUACUUUGAGAUCUAAGGGUCGACCUGUAGAUCCUGUUUGUUCCUUUUGUUUUCAUGCUUCUGAGACUACCGAGCAUUUAUUCCUUCGAUGUUCAUUUAUCAGGAGAUUAUGGCAUUGUGGUCCUCUAGGUAUUCGGCUUCCUUGUUUCAACACCUCCUUCCAUCAGUGGUUUAGCUCUUUACUCCUCUCUGUCAUAUCUAUAAAGAAUUGGGAUGGUUUGGAUUCUAUAUUAUCUUUUGCUUGGGCCAUUUGGAUUCAUCGUAAACACAUUCGGUUUAGACAAUCCACCUGUUCUCUGCCCAUGCUUUUCAAGAUUGCUCAGGAUUGGACUACUCGGAGUCAGGCGGCUAGGAGUUCAUCUUCUUUCGAUUACUCCAUUCCCCCUGGUUUUGGCUCCCCGAAUCAUUCUUCCUUUCUUGCGGGAAAUCCUAAUAUUUCUCCUACAGUAAUUCUUAUAGUGGACGGAGCCUGGGAUUCUUCGGACUGUCGGGCUGGCAUGAGUUGGUGUUUUUAUUCGUUAGAUACAGCCAGCAGUUUGGGUGGUGCGGCUCGUGCGUGUUUUUCUCUUUCAGCUUUCCAAGCGGAACUUCAAGCUUGUCUUUUUGGUCUUAAGAUGGCUCUCCAACGUGGGUAUUCUCGUAUCCUUCUACGCACUGACUGUUUGUUAUUGGUUUCUAUCCUUCACAGGCCGUCGCAGGAUUUGGCUACUAUUUGGGUUCAGCAGUAG